GCGCCCCCCUCCUCUAUCGCUCUUAUAACCGUGUGUAACAGAGCGUUCAUCAGCUCGCGGAGCAGCAGUUGAGAGUCGCGGAGCGAGUCCGUCGGAGCUGCGUGUGUACAUUGCAGCGGAGCGUAUAGCACCGAAAUACCGAACACCGGACAUCAACACACAGCAGCGCAAACAUCCUCGCGAUUCCGUACACCUUCAAGUACAUCGACGAGCUUCCCACGUAUAGUUUUGAGAGAAAGCGAGAAUCGACGAUUCUUCCGCAUGAGGGCAGUGCUCCGAAAUCGUCGCGCCCGGCGAAGACGGCAACGAGCUGAGUAGUACAGCUGCUGCAAGUGUGCUCCGAUUCGCCGACACACCUCCUUUGUUGUCGAACGAGCGAUUCGGCUCGUGUUCUCGUGUGUAUUGUCCGGCAGCAGUGCGCGCGCGUGUGUGUAUUGUUCUCCGAUCGCUGCACGGAGAGCGCAGCAGCUCUAACCUAUAGGUGCAAGCGCGGCCGCGUAUGUAGCUAUACAUACACACACACACACACACACUCGAAUACGCUUAGUCCACAAGUGAGCGAGUGAGAAGGAGAGCGAGAAUAUAUAGCCUCGAAAAUGGCCGCGUGCUGUUGCCGCUGCUGCUCGCGUAGAAGAAGACGUUCGGCUGCUGCCAGCAGCCUCCGGUGAACAGCUGCUCCGAGCCACUGCCUCCAAAGUGCUUCGCUUCCCGCCGCGCACGUUCUUCCUCGCUGCGUUCUUUGCCGGCUGUGCUCGCAAAGAAUCUACGUAACGAAAUAACGCGGAGAGUGUGUGAGAGAGAGAGAGAGAGAGAGAGAGAGAGAGAGAGAGAGAGAGAGAGAGAAGAAAAAAACUGGAGCAUAAUAUUGACGAGCGCGCGGCUACCCACACAAACACGUGUUCGGCUCGUAUAUACGCGUGUGUGUAACGCGUACACGCAGGGCUCGGCCGUAGUAUUUUAAAUCGAAUUGAAUUUGCGUAACGCAGCCCGAGAGACAAAAAGCGAGUCGAUAACAACGCUCUUCGGCGGGGUGAAAUAAACAAGGCGAGCGUUUCGGAGCUGAUGAAGAUGUUGCUGCAGCCGCGUGAAUAAUUGCGCCGAGGGAGCAGCGAACCAAGAGGAGGAAGCGUACACACAUACGGUAUACAACACACACGUGCAAGAGAGCGAAAGAGAAGAGAUUAUGAAGAAGGGUUUCGCGCUGCUGGUCAGCGGCUACGGCUGUCUGGCCCUCCUCUGUUUACUCCACGCACCGCUACUUGUUCAAGGACUGAAGUGCCACUGCGACAUAUGCUCAGAGACGAACAACACCUGCGAAACUGAUGGCUACUGCUUUGCCAGCACGAAUCUGGACAAAGACGGCAUCACCUACGCAUACAGGUGUUACAAUAAGGAGAACUUCUUCCCGGAUCCCAUGUACUCGGUGUGGUGCAGCAGCAACGAUGCCCUGCGCGGUCCAGGCGGCACUCGCUUCGUCGUCACGUGCUGCGAUAACGCGGAUUACUGCAAUCGCGAUAUCAAGGCAGUCCUGCCCUCGACAAUAUUGGCCGCUCAGUCGUCCUAUCGCUCGACGCAUCGCCUCGAAGGAGGUACGCGAGAGCACGGUAAAACUUCCGGAGGAGGUCGAGCGACAUGGGAAACGUGGAAAAUGGCGCUGACGAUAGCUCUGCCGAUCUGCGCGAUCUGCAUCGCCGUGAUGAUCGUUUACAACAUACACCUGACGAGGCGAAGACCUGCGGGACGACACUUCCCCGACGACUCGCUCGAGGCGCCGGACCGACCCAUUCUCGGAGGAGUCACCAUUCGCGACAUGUUGGAAAUGACGACGAGCGGUAGUGGUUCGGUGGGUCUACCGCUGCUGGUACAGCGCAGCAUAGCACGGCAAAUUCAAUUAGUCGAAACGAUUGGCAAGGGCCGUUUCGGCGAGGUAUGGCGAGGUCGGUGGAGAGGUGAAAACGUGGCCGUUAAGAUCUUCAGCUCGCGGGAGGAACGAUCCUGGUUCCGGGAAGCUGAGAUCUAUCAGACGGUCAUGCUUCGACACGACAACAUACUCGGAUUCAUCGCCGCGGAUAACAAAGACAACGGCACGUGGACGCAGCUCUGGCUGAUCACGGACUACCACGAGAAGGGUUCGCUUUUCGACUACUUGAACCGCGUGACCGUCGACACGAACGGCAUGAUCCGCAUGGCUUUGUCAAUAGCAACGGGUCUGGCUCACCUACACAUGGAGAUCGUCGGAACGCAGGGUAAACCUGCCAUAGCCCAUCGCGAUCUCAAGUCCAAGAAUAUCCUAGUAAGGACGAACGGCACCUGCGCCAUCGGCGAUCUAGGUCUCGCCGUGCGACACGACGUCAUUACGGACACCGUCGAUAUUCAACUGAACAAUCGCGUCGGCACCAAACGCUACAUGGCGCCUGAGGUGCUGGAGGAGACGAUAAAUAUGAACCACUUUGACUCGUUCAAGAGGGCGGACGUCUAUGCCCUGGGCUUGAUCCUCUGGGAAAUCGCGAGGCGUUGCAACGUGGGCGGGAUCCACGACGACUAUCAGCUACCUUUCUACGACCUCGUGCCCUCCGACCCGACCAUCGAGGAGAUGCGCAAGGUCGUCUGCACCGACAGGCAGAGGCCGUCGAUACCCAAUCGUUGGAUGUCAAUAGACGCUCUUCACGUGAUGUCAAAGGUCAUGAAGGAGUGCUGGUACCACAACGCCGCAGCCCGAUUAACAGCCCUGAGGAUCAAGAAAUCCCUGGCGAACUACGGCGCCAUGGAAGACUUGAAAUAAAGCGAGACGUAAAAAUCGCUCUCGGAGCGGAAGACGAAAAUGAAGAAACGGCGAGAACUCGCAGACCUCAUAUAGGUAUUCGCUCGCCGCAACGGGGUGUGAAAGAUGCGCUUCCGUUGAUCUCGUUGUGAACGCGUUCGUGGAAUACAGAUGCGAGGCGCGAUGUAGGGUAUACGCCGAGGGCUCGAAAUAUACUUGUAUAGCGAAGACUGAUAUAACCGAAGCAACGACGUUCCUUUUUAUUCAUCGAGAAUAGAAUGCUCGCACGGAACUUCGAGACCAGCGCCUCGAAUAUAUAAGAGCGCCGAGGUACUUUCUUUCGAGGUUGGCACUUUCUAUCGGCUUAAGAAGAAACGAUGAAUUUCCUUUGAAAGCGUCGCUCGGUGGACAUAACUCGUUUUGAAACAUAAAUGACGAAGCUUGCCGAAAAUCUCUUCCGGUGAUGUUUUUUUCAUUUACUUUUUAUAAAAACUUUUGACUAACCACUAUGCUAUGUGCCAAUCUCUUUGCUCUUCAAAUCGAUUAUGCUUGCAAUGGCGUGUACUGCAUGCCUUUGUUAAAUAACUAAAACCGGUGAAUUUAUCCUCUUACCAUGGUUCUCGAAGCAGUUCAAACCACUGGAUGACGAUGUAUGACUCGAACUAUCACGUUGCGCAAUCUUGCGCAAUUUUUUAUUUUAAUAUUUGUUGAAUGAACUUACUUGUUGUUUUUUAUACAAACGUUUAUACUAUACAUAUAUCCAAGAAACAAGAAAUUCAAAGUCUGAUAAACCGAUAAUCCGAUAUGCGAAAAGUCCUAAAUUGAGUUAUGAAUGAUAUUCUUGGAGUCGAGCAUUCUUGAAUCAAGGCCUCUACGUCGAGUUGCAUUGAUUUGUAAUUUAACGUAAUUAUUACGUUUUAUUUUAAACCUCGGUAUGUAAUUGUAAACUCAGAGACUAGAGAUCGUUUUCCGAAUUUUCCAAUAUAAAAAAGUGGAAAAGACGUUUGUUUUACGUUUAGUCUGUAGACGUAUCCACAUUUUUAUAGUAUACAUAGGUUUUAUUUUGCACCCUAUAUACUCGCAAAAAGACGUAAGUUUUUUUUUAUUUCGCGAUAUAAAAAGAUGGUUUUGUUUCUUGUGUGACAGGCGAAAGGCUGAAAUUGACAGGUCUCAAAGGAAAAUGUAAAGAAAACUAUGUUACUGUCAACAUGAAAGACUACGGAAUUUUAAUAUUCAACAAAAUAUGAUUAACUAAUGAUAAUUACGAGGAAAGAAACUUGAAAUUAUAGUAAUUUAAUACGUGUGCGUAUAGGGCUUUCCCGAUUGCAUAAUGUAUUUUUGUAUCCUUUUUUAAUCGACUCUUCCGCUUAACACUAAGCGUUCUAAACACGAAAAAGUUGCAAAAAACUUGAUCCUAUUGGGACCCAGCUGUAUUUAUACUAUCCUCGAGUGAUGAGUUUUCGUGGAUUGCAAUUCAACUCAAAGACUGAACAGUAUAUUAUUACGUAUACUUGUAUACCCGUACAUCAAUGUUAUAUACUGUAGUUUAAUGAACAAACGUUGUGAUGGUGGUAAAAUUUUUACUUUUUCAUAAAAGUGUUUCAAUAAAUAUCUUUACUAUUAUUUGAUAAGUGUUAACGAUGAAAUAAAAUUAUGACACUCGUAGGUUUUCUAGUUUUUGUAAAAUCUUUAGUAUAUAUGUAUGCUCAUUACAUGAUCAUCAGAACGUAUUAUUUUUAAAAAUAAUCUUAUAGGAUAAUGUAUAGCAUCGAAACGUUUGUUCUUCUGAUUUCAUACAUUCCUAUUUAAAGCUUAGGUUUAAUUUAAAUAUACGUAAUAUUUAAUGGAUAAAUAAUUAAUUGCGCUGCAAGAUAGCUUGUAGCCACGUUUAAGAAUAGUAAUCAAUUCUAGAAUUAAUCCGCAAUUUUUUACUAUCAGUUUAUUUCCAUACGAAUAUUUUCAAACUUAUUUCAUAAAAUGACGUAGUUUUGGUUAAUAUCCGAAAGACUUUCCAAAAAUCCAUGGUAGGUUACGUGGAUUUUUCAACACAAUCUAGUACAAUUUCGUGCCAAUACCCGACCGAAAGUUAACUAAAGCAGGAGACCAGAUGACAGAAAAUUAUACAACAUAUCCCCUGCGACAAACAUUUUUAUUUGAACGAUGCGGAAAGUCCGUCGAACACACCCAUGUUUCCUGGUGAAAAAUGCAGCUGGGUCUUAAUUUCCCGUAGAAUGGCAAGAAACCUAUCCAACAAUGAGUCUGAUCCGAAAUAAAAAAAAAAUAUUUAAUAUUGCCGGACUGCCUAGCUAAUUUGUAAAUCGUCGAACGCGUUAUCUCUCCUGUACUGCCUCCUUUAUGCUGUUCCAUACUAUACUCAGCCCGACUUGUACAAAGUAUCAUAGAGCGUUACAUAGUUUUAGAAGCUCAAGCGUAAACAUUGCAGAAUAUUUAGAAUGUAUGGUUCUAAGUUUAAUUUGGAUGAGGAAAAGUAAAAUGUAUACAUAUUCUGUAUAUCAUUGAAGAUUAAAUACUGCGCAUAAAAGCUUCCAUGGACAUGACUUUUUUUUAUAGUUAAUAGCGAAUGAAAUAAGUUCUGUCAGUUCUGUACAACAUGUAAUAAACCUGCAGUAAACUUGAGCGCAAUUGUAAAUAGUAUAAAUAUAUAUAUUUGAAAAUAUACGUACUACACAUUAUUAUAACGAAUAUUUAAAUUCUAAUUUACCUGUAACUAACGUUCAAGUUAAGAACUACUCUUUGACCAGUGCUGGCGACAUUGUUUUGAGAUACUUACGUUGGAAAAUAUUGAUAUGGAUGAGUAGAAACUUUUCUUCAAGCUUUAAUUUCUUAGGAUGAUUGGAAAAAAUAUAUAUAUAUCUGAUAAUUAGGUUCGUCCAUACAAUCUUUUGAAUAACAUACAACUGUUUCAGUAACCUGUAUCAAUCAACCUUUUUUUUUGUUUAGACAUAUUAAUUACUUUUUUGUUUGAAGAGUUUGACGCAGUAUCAAUGCCAACUUGUAUAAAAAUGACUAAUCAUCUUAGUCCUUUUUAAGAUGCCCAUAAACCUUAUGUACAACAUAUAAUUAAUACUAUAGUAAAGUUAUAGUAAUACGACUAAGCAUCGUUUAAGUAAUGUCUAAAUUUAAUUAUAUUAAAACUGUAUCUUGUAAUUUUAUACAAGAAGAAACAUAAUACCGGUCACUACUAGCUUCCGUUUAUUUCGUCAUCAAAGUGUGUAAAUAAUGGUGUAAAUGUUCAAUCACUGAUGACUGAAGGUAAAAUUUUGUAUUCGUGACUUUGUCCCAUUUUAACAAAUGAAAUAGGUGAAUGGGUGAUGUUUUAUAUUUUCAUGUGUAAAUGGUUGCGUAACUAGCGUUGGAAUUUACAUCUCCAAACGAAGAAUGCUCGUUUUUUUGUAACUAUAUUUUUAUUAAUGUAUUCAGACGAGUCUUUGAAAAAUUAAAUUUUUCACAGCACGAAAAAAAACGUACAAAGUAUGUGUCUCGGAUAAGCCUUAAACACUGUUAAUAGUUAUGAAUAAGCGGCGUUAUUGCAUAAUUCAUUGAUUUGUACAAAAAUAUUAAACUUUUACAUCAAUGAGAUUUGAAAAUUUAUGGUUUUGGUGAUCGCAGUCGUAAUAAAUAAAAUUCAUGUUUAAAUUAUUAUUUAUAUUACUGUCAUUCGUUUUCAAUAUUGUAAAAGUGUUUUGCGAUCAUUAUAAAUAGAAUUAUCAAAUUUCUUAGAUGAUUAAUUUGAACUCCCCACUAAUACAGACCAUAGUGGUUUGAAAAGUAAUAUACUCGAAUAAAAAUAUUUAAAA